UUUACCACGGAUCAGGAUCUAUUGUUAGUUUUCGAAGCCGUAAGCACGUGAUAAUCGAUCGCAUAUACAUACAUAGAGCUUCUAGUAAAUUCGAAAGCAUGGCCACCGCUUUGAGGUUGAAGCUCGCAAUCCAAUUAGGAAAAUCUCUUUCAAGACCGCUCAGGCGGAAUUUUGAGAAAGAGUUUUUGGAGAGACAAUGUCGAAGACUUUCAGCAAGUUGCUCAAUAAGAUGUUACUCUUCGCAAACCGCAACUCAAACCACAGAAAGUCACAAUAUCAUAAAGGAUACAGAGAAAGUUACAGGCGAUGCCGUUAAACAUGAAUUUCAAUCAGAAACUCAGAUGCUUCUGCAAAUUGUUGCCAAAUCCUUGUAUUCGGACAAAGAGGUAUUUGUUCGUGAGUUGAUCUCUAAUGCUAGCGAUGCUCUAGAAAAACUACGUUAUAUAAGAUUAAGCGAUACUGAAGCUGCAGAGACAGCUGGUGAUAGAAACUUAGAAAUUCAUAUUGCUACUGAUAAGCAGAACAGAACGCUUACUAUUCAGGAUACAGGGAUUGGUAUGACUCGUGAAGAACUGAUAUCACAUUUAGGAACUAUUGCCAAAUCUGGUUCGAAAGCUUUCUUAGAGAAAUUAAAGGAAACCCAAAACUCUGGAGAUACGUCUCAAAUUAUUGGUCAAUUUGGAGUUGGUUUCUAUAGCGCAUUCAUGGUUGCUGAUAAAGUAGAAGUAUACACUAAAUCCUAUAAAACAAAUGCCGAGGGACUUUGCUGGACCUCUGAUGGAUCAGGUACUUAUGAAAUCUCAGCGGCUGAGGGAGUUCAGCCAGGAACAAAAAUUGUGAUCCACUUGAAAGUCGAUUCCCGUGAAUUUAGCGAUGAAGUUGCAAUUAAUCGUAUUAUUAAUAAAUACAGCAACUUUGUCGGUAGUCCCAUUUUUGUUAAUGGUAAACAAGCUAACAUAAUUCGACCGCUGUGGAUGCUCGAUCCGAAAGAUAUUACACCACUUCAGCACGCUGAAUUCUAUAGAUUCAUUGGGAAUUGUUUCGAUUCCCCGCGAUUUGUAUUACACUAUACUACCGAUGUCCCAUUGAGUAUUAGAGCAUUGUUGUAUUUCCCCGAGGAGAGACCAGGAUUAUUCGAUUUGGCCAGAGACACAACUAGCGGCGUUUCCUUAUACAGUCGUAAAAUCUUAAUCAAGAGCAAAGCAGAAAAUAUUUUACCGAAGUGGCUACGUUUCAUUAAAGGAGUCGUCGAUUCCGAAGAUAUUCCACUCAACUUAAGUCGAGAGUUAUUGCAGAAUAGUACUUUAAUUGGAAAGCUGAGGAGCGUUCUAACGAUGCGUGUACUGAAAUUUUUGAACGAGCGAUCUCAGAAACAGCCCGCAGAUUUUAAUAGUUUCUAUAGAGAAUAUGGUCUCUUUUUGAAGGAGGGUAUCAUCAUCAGUACUGAUCAGAAAGAGAAGGAAGAGAUAAGUAAACUUUUAAGAUUCGAAUCAUCUGCAAUGCCUUCUGGAGAAUUAGUUAGUAUACCGGAUUACUGCAAACGUAUACCUGCGGAUCAGAAAAACAUUUACUACCUAGCAGCACCGAGUCGAGUUUUGGCCGAGCAAUCGCCUUACUAUGAAUCACUGAAGAAACGUAACGUAGAAGUAUUAUUUUGCUACGAACCAUACGACGAGCUAGUUUUAAUGCAUCUAAGAGAGUUUAAAUCCUAUAACCUGAUUUCUGUCGAAAAAGAGAUGCGCGAAGAAUCGGAGUCGAGCAAAUCGGAUAAUCUCGGUCUGAUCAAUCAGGAUGAGAUCAACAAUCUCAUUGCUUACAUGAGAAACGUUUUGCCAAAGAAAGCGUAUGAUAUUAAAAUAACUACUCGUCUAGAAUCUCAUCCUUGUGUCGUCACAGUGAAAGAUAUGGCAUCUGCAAGGCACUUUAUUCGUACACAGAGCAACCAAAUAGACGAAGAGAUGCGAUACUCGAUUCUUCAGCCACGUUUCGAAAUUAAUCCUACUCAUCCUCUCAUUAAAAAGCUUUCUCAGCUGAUAAAAACCGAUACCAAACUGGCUGACCUCCUCAUUAAACAGUUAUUCAUGGGUAGCAUGAUCGGCGCCGGUCUAAUUGAAGAUUCCCGGGUACUGUUGACAUCGAUGAACGAAUUGCUGACUUUAGCAUUAGAGAAACACUAGUUAGUAGUUAACGUAAAAAAUCGCCGGCGAUGCUAGUUGGUAAGUUAAUUUAAGUUAUUUUGUAUGAAUUACGAAUAAAACAAAUUGUUUCAUAACUCUGAAAA